UUUGUUUAUGAAGUGAUAUUCCGAUGAAUUAAAGAGACAAGAUGUGUUCAUUUUGUUGAGGCUUUUUGCUUUUAGAUAGUUUUAAUAAGCUAAUUUUGAAAUUACUAUAAGCAAAUUUCAAAUCAAACAUGUUGGUGUAAUGUUUUCAGGUUUUCUUUUUCAUAUCAAAUAAUUAAAUUUAUUUUUUUGUAUUCAUAGGAUUGUGUGUCUGCUAGACAUGAAGAACCUCCUUUCCAUCAGUAUGGAUGGGCCAAAUGUGAACUUGAAGUUUUUAAAUGAUUUCCAGCAAGAGCAUGCUGAACUACAUGGAGGCCGCCAAUGAAUUAAUGUUGGAAGCUGUGGACUGCACACUCCGCACAAUUCAUUCAAGACUGGCUUCUCCACAUGGAAUAUUGAGAAACUGUUAAGAGCAAUGCACUUUCUUUUUCACAACGUCCCUGCAAGAAGAGAAGAUUUUACAAAACUUACAGGCUCAUCUCUUUUUCCUCUCCCAUUCUGUGGACACAGAUGGGUGGAAAAUCUUCCUGUUGCAGAGAGAGCUAUUGAAGUAUGGCCAAAGCUUAACGAUUAUGUGAAGGCAGUCCAUAGAAAAGAACUCCCAAACCCUGGAACCUCUUCUUUUGACACUAUUCAAGCAGCAAAUGAAGAUCCCCUGAUUUCAGCCAAACUUCAGUUUUUCAUGGCGAUCUCCAGAACGUUUAGUCCAUUUUUAAAGAAAUGCCAAACAGAUGAGCCAGUCCUGCCAUUCCUGUGCAGCGACUUGACAGAGUUGUUGAUGAGUCUACUGAGACGUUUCAUCCAAAGGGAGCUGCUACAAGACAUCACCCCCCUUCAGUUGGCCAAACUGGACACCAAUGACCAGAAAAACUGGGUCAAUGUGAGCCAUGUUGACAUAGGCUUGGGUGCUGAGUCUGCCAUUAAGGCUCUUCAAAGCAAACCUAACAACAGAGUAGGUGACCUCACUGCCCUCGAAUUUAGAAAGGACUGCAUAAGAUGCCUCUCAAGCAUUGUUAAGAAAGUGCAAGAGAAGAGGCCUUUGAAAUACCCCACUGUCAGGCAGAUUGCAUGCUUGGACCCCUCCAUCAUGAGCAGAGACCCAGAAUGGUGCAAGGGAAAGAUGAAGUCUCUAGUUCAGAGAUUUCUGCAGGACAAGCAGUUGACAGGAGGGAUUUCUGCUGGUGAUGCUGUUGUGCAACAGUUUGACAGCUUUCUCUCUCUGCAUGGCAAAAGUGAGGAGCUCCUCUCUUUCAAACCCAUGGAGCAAAGACUUGAUGUUUUUCUUCGUGACGCUCUCAACCAGACUUAUCCUGAGCUCUGGAGUUUCCUUCAGCGCCUGUUGCUCCUAUCUCAUGGGCAAGCUACAGUAGAGAGAUGCUUCUCUGUGAACAGGGAAGUAGAGGCUUGCAACAUAAAAGAAGAAACUGUUGAGGCCCACAGACUAGUCUGUGACCAAGUUAGAGCUUGUGGGGGGGUUCUCAAAGUUCCCCUCACAAAAGAGCUACUAGCAUCUGUAGCAUCAGCCAGGACUAGAUAUAGGAUCUACCUUGAGUAAGAGAGACAAAAGAGAGAGGGUGCCAUGCGUGGACUUAAGAGAAAAGCAUUGGAAGAUGAGCUAGAACAGCUGAAAAAGAAAAAGGAGAUAUUAAGGGUGGUGUGUGUCAGCCUUCAGAAAGAUGCUGAUCAACUAGCUGAACAGGCAGAAAACAAACCGAGCACGCUCAUGGCUCAAAUGAUAACAAAAUCUAAUACUCUAAGGAAGAGAUACAGGGACAAAUGCAGUGAACUGACAAAUGUUGAGUCAGAGCUGGAAUCAAAAACUAGUGAGCUAAGGCACAUGCAUUAAUCCUGUUGUGUGAAAAAAAUGCUGUAGCAUGUUCAAUAACAUGUAACAUUCCAUGCAACUAUGUAUUUGCUAUGUUCUAGGCAUACAUUUUUUUGUUUAUCUCAGGGUACAUUAUAAUACACUGAGUUCUCAGAGGAUUUUUUUAUGUACAUAUAUAUCCGUGGAUUCUCACGUGUGUUUGUUUAUGCCAUUAAAAAGGCUAAAAAUGGCAUUAAAAUGGCAUUAAAAAGCAUUAAAUUUGUUUUGCUGAUUUCUGCAGAAACCCUGGGGUUAGAAAAAUAGCGCUUUUAGCCCCGUUGACUUGCAUUCAUUUUUUCGUUCUUCCGGGAUCCCGUGGUCCGUAAGUGGAUGAGCGCGACUUAGGCUCCCCAUAAAAGGGAAAAAAGUAUUUUCUGCAUAAAAGUUAAAUAAUUAUCUCCUACUUGCUGCUUGAUCAUGGAAAUGUAGAAUUAAAUCCCAAUUAUUA